GGAAUAAUUUCGCUCAGCUUUCGGAAUCUCGGAGCUCUUCCGAAUUCGACCGGAAAGAGGAAAGCAGUAAUGGCGGACGAUGAGACCGCGCAUGAAGCAAAUCGAAUCGCUGAGCUUCGUCGAAGGUUUUUCCUAGAAAACGAUGCAGUGGAUAAGUUUGAUGAGCGAGACCUUAUAAGGGUGAGACAGGAUGAUCUUUGGCUGCGAUGUUUCAUACGUGCUCGCAGUCAAGAUGUCGAUAAAGCUCUAGAAGCCCUGGUCUUUUGUUUAGAAUGGAGAAAGACAUUUGGACUUAAUGAUAUAACUGAAGACAACCUGAACAGAAAGCUUUUUGAAAGUGGAUUUCUUUUUCCACACAAUAUUGAUAAAGAUGGCAACACUAUCGUGCUAUUUGUUGGAAGAAACCAUAAGAAGGACCCCCAGCAGCAUCAUGAGAUGAAGCGCUUCCUGGUUUUCCUUCUAGAAAAACAUAGAAAAAUGUACCCAAGCAGAAAAAUCAAUUUGUUGUUUGACAUGCAGGAGACAGGACUUGCAAAUAUGGAUAUGGAGUUUGUCAAAUUUAUUAUCACAUGUUUUACAAACUACUACCCCAAUACUCUUUCAUGGCUGUUGGUCAUUGAGUUACCGUGGAUAUUAACAGCUGCCUGGAAAAUUGUGAAAACUUGGCUGAGUCCUAAUGCUGUUCGAAUUAUAAAAUUUGUCUCCAAAGAUGCACUACAUGAGUAUAUUGACAGAGAACAAUUACUGACAUCACUAGGAGGAACUGACACAUUUGAAUACACAUAUCCUUACGCAGAGGAAGAUAUGGGGCUUGGCCCACCAGAAAGAAAAGAAGAUCUUCAGCCAAAUAAUAAUGAUGCUGUUGUUGAGAAUGGGAGUGUUGAGGUGACGUCAGAUGAGACUGGCCUAGUACUAGAUGAAGCUGACACAGACUUAUCUAGGAAGGUCACAUUCGAGGAAGAACAUUUUGCCCACCACACACCCAAUAGUCCUUUCACUUUGAUUGAUGAUGAACCGACACAAAGAGCCAAACAAAUCAACCCAGCCAUUCAACCUGGGAAUUAUCUCACCAUCCGCCCUGCCGAGGAGCUUGUAUUCAUUGGCUCAAUGUCGAGUGCAGAGAUUCUGCAAACCCUGACUCUCAAGAAUACGUCAUCAACACAAGUAGCAUAUAAGGUCAAGACGACUUCUCCUGAGAGUUACCGGGUACGACCCAGUUCAGGCGUCAUCAACCAGGGGUCAUCUGCAGAAGUCAGUGUCUAUUUACAACCAGGUUUGGCUACCACCGUUAGUCGAGACAAGUUUCUUGUGAUGUCAAUGAGGGUAACUGGUGCUAACACUAAUGCCGAGGUCGCAUCACUUUGGAAAAAAGUUCACAAGAGCAGCAUUAUGGAGCACAGGUUGCGCUGCAAAUUUAUGACGUCAGAACAGUGCGACACCCAUGAUGCAAUUGGGCUUAGUCAGUUAGAGUCAAAUGAUACAGCCGACAAACACAAUACUGUCUCAUAUAAACAGAUUCAAGCAAUUGAGAAAAAGAUCGACCAGUUGUACCGCAAAGUCUCUUACAUAGAAGAAGGUCUUCAGGUGUUCAUCAAAGUUCAGCUUGCCCUUUUCUCUGGGAUGGUGAUUCUGUUUGCUGUCGUAUUUUACUAUGCCAUGUAUCUCAUGCACUAGUCACACAUACCAAACCUACUAAAAGCACCUUUUAAUGCUGCCGCAUACUGUUAUCAUGCCCCCUUCUCCUAAUCUUAUGAUGCUAUGCGCUUUCCUAGCUGUAGCUAGGGAAAAGCGUCAUAACACAACCGCAAAAUGUGAAAAAAGCGUCUUUCUCCUUGUUUUGUCGCGCCAUUUUUACGCUAUGCUCUCUUAAAAUGUAUAUCUGAUGCGCUUAUCACACACAUUGUAGAUAAGACUCUUUCUAAAUUUAUAUUGUUAACCAGCCGCCGUGUGCCACGAUCCAAGAUCCUCAAAUACCGAAUCUUUGUCUUGCGUAUCGCUUUUCCGUGAAGGGGCGUGGCUAAAUUUAAUUUUGACUAAAGAGGUCGUCACCCCUGUUUUAAUUACUGUAUUAUUUUAUAUAUAAAUAUAUUUUUCGAUGGAAUGUGAUUUUACAGAAACUGCAAUUACUGUAAGUAAUUCAUAUUAGGGCCCGUGAACUGACAUCAUUUCCCUAACCCAAAUCUUACAUGAAAUUUCACAUGACUUACUGGCUUAGAGUUGUCUUCGAGGGGAGGAGCUUUUUUUAGUUUAGCAACUUGAUGAAAGAAGAGCCAUCUGUACACAGGCUACCCGCUGCAUCCGGGUAUGACUAGAUGGAUUAUUGGGAAGUUCAGAUAAAAUUAAUAUUAAUUAAAAACCGUUUUCAAGUAAUAAAAUGUAAAGAAAAAUCA